AGUUAGCGUGUAGUGAAAAAAGCAUUUUCGUCUCUUUGUUUACACCGUGGAUAGGUCCUGUAAAUGUUUGAGUUGUUAAAUAUUUAGUUGCUGAAAAUUAUGUCUCAACGAAAUUUGACGGAUUUGUAUUCCAUGCUACGAAAUAAUGUUGUGUAUAAUAAACAUUUAUAUACGGAUACGAACAACUCUGAUCAUAUCGCACUUCUUGACCAUGGAUUAAAUGAAGCCGAUGAUCCUGAGCAACCCGCCUGGAUUAGAAUUUACGACGACAUUGUUUGUUUACUCACCAGAACUCAAACCAAAAUUGACGAUUUGGUUCAUAUUCAAGAUGCUCCUGCUCGUUUGGUACUCAAUGAAAACGGUGGUGACGAAUUAAAGAUCCAACAACUCUCUAAGGAUGUAUCUUUGUUGCUAUCCGCCGUUCAUGGCAAAAUUAAGGCGUUGAAAUCAAACAGUAGAGGUAAAAAUCAUCUGGAAAUAGUUUUGCAGCAAAACAUGGAGAAAAAACUGCUGAUCUCAUUAAAAUGUGCAACAGUACGAGUACAACAGAAUCAAGCAAGAUUUAACGAUAAUCAAAACAAUAUGAAGCAUAAUUCAGAGCUGGUUUUUGGCGAUUUGCCAGUACUUAAUUCAGUUGACACUUUCGACAAUUUUCUCAACAUGAAUGUAACAACAUCAUCGAAGAGUAUUCCAGAUGACAAUGAAGCCGAAACAUUGGACGAAUAUUUCCAACUACCCGCGACAGGACUGAAUGUAAAUCAGAAACAACUAAUGAUAAUUGAAGCUGAUAACUCUAAAAUGAUUAGAACUAGAGAAUAUGAAGUGUCAAGAAUUGUUGACUCAAUAGAUAAUUUGAAUGUUGUAUUCAAGGAUCUUGCACACAUAGUAAUGGAACAAGGUACAAUUUUAGAUAGGAUUGAUUAUAAUAUUGAAUGCACGCAAACUAAAAUUUUCGAGGGAUAUGAACAACUUAAAAUUGCUGAAAUAUAUCAAAGAAAAAAUAAAAGAAUAUAUUGUAUAUGCGUUUUAGCGAGCAUGAUUAUGUUCAUGAUAAUUUUAACAAUGUUCACUAAAUUAUAAUUUUUUGUAUUAUAAAUAAAUUUCAGUUGUUUUGUUACGGAUAGAGAAGAGGAACCAUUAACAUGAAAUAUAUGAAUAAAUGGAAAAACACAAA